AUGUCUAACUUCGAGGACAACCCGUUUAGUGAUCCCGCCAUUGACAAUCCCUUUGCUGACCCUGCAGUGCAGCAAGUUGCUAGGAAUACCAGUGCUGUCACUCAAGGGCUUGACGACUAUAACCCAUUUGAUGGCCAACAAAAUGCAAAUCAAUCUACGCUUCCACAACAACCAACUCAGCCUGCUAUCAUGCAAGCCGUUUCACCACCUGCAACUGGUCAAUAUACUAGACCUGGGCCAGCAGCCCAAACUCAAGCUCCACCUUCAAACUUUACAACGGCUGACUUUCAGAGACGACAAGAAGAGUUAGAGAGAAAAGCAGAAGAACUAGCAAGACGUGAGGCAGAACUACGUGCUGGCUCCGCAGGCAGAAGAAAUAACUGGCCUCCAUUGCCAUCUUUCUGUCCAGUACAACCCUGCUUUUAUCAGGACAUAAAUGUGGACAUUCCGCUAGAAUUUCAAAGGAUUGUGAGGCAUCUAUAUCACUUGUGGAUGUUUCAUUCCCUUGUACUGGCCAUGAACAUCAUUGGCGGAAUGGCCAUGAUGAUUGCCGGAAUAGACGGCGGAGUAACCGUCUUUGGCUUAUCAAUUCUGUACUUCAUUCUUCUAACACCAUUUAGCUUUAUAUGUUGGUACAGACCGAUAUACAAAGCUUUCAGAAGUGACUCCUCUUUUAAUUUUAUGGUGUUCUUCUUUAUAUUCCUUUUUCAAAUAAUUAUCACUGUGGUACAAUCUAUUGGAAUCGAGAACGGAGGCUCGUGUGGACUGAUCAUGUGCCUCGAAACAUUUGGUAAGAAUGUGGGCGUGGGAAUCGUCACUCUCAUUGUCACUAUUGGCUUUAUUACCUGCGUAGUAGCUGAUAUUUUGCUUAUGACUAAGGUCCACCGUAUCUAUCGCUCAACGGGAGCGUCGUUAGCAAAGGCCCAAGCAGAAUUCACGACCGAAAUUCUACGCAACCAACACGUGCAAACCGCUGCUUCGAACGCCGCCGCCGCCGCCGUGAACGCUCAGAUUAACGCUAACGCUAACAGAUAUUAA